AUGAGGGCUACCCUCGACGAAACCUCCUUAGAAAAAGGCCCCACAACGCCUUCAAAAUCUCCCGCAAAGCCCACCGCGAGGAAAACAAGCGGUAGCUCCCGCCCAGGCACACCCAGACGCACAGCAACUCCCCGCAAAGCCCCGCCAGUGCCAAAGGUUCCAACUUCAUAUCUGCCUUCAAGGCUCGGUGAAAGGGCAUCCGCUCCGAAAGACGACAACAUGGAAAAGCUCACGAGUGGUCUCCAACGAGUCAAACUGACCAUGCCGAAGCCACUCCAAAAUAUGCACGACCCUGCAAUAGGCAACGGUCCCUCCCGUCCACCCCCAAGCCUAGCAUCACCCGCGUUCCCUUCAGCCCAUAUUGGUCAACCUCAGGGCCCAAUGCAAGCCCUCCCAGUUUUCACAUCCACCAGCCCCAUCCCGUUUGCUACACCAGACAUGCAGACUCCCAACCAGGGGCCGUCUCGUCCUCCUCCCACCGCCCCUGAGACUCCUGAAAACCAGAGCUCUCAGGACCCUCGCUCUUUCUACCCGUAA